GCAAGGAUAUAUGGUUACCUCUAAAUGUAUGGGCUUUUAGAAGCAACACAUUGUGUUUCCUCAAAAAGGGGCCUUUAGAGGCAACCAAUAAUUAGCGACGGACUUAUUAGAGGCAUCCACUUUUUUGCUUCAGAAACCCAUUAGAGGCUAAAUCUCCAUUUUUAGAGGCAAUUAUGACUUGCCCAUGUAUCCGAUUUUUCUAGUAGUGGGACUAGGCUAUUGGUUUUGUCAUCGGCCCUAAAGGGAGACUUGGAACAUAUCUCAUUAUCUAGCCUACUUAGGAAAUCUGAGUCCCUACAAUCUCAUUAUUUUGCUAAUCCUAUUUGCUAAUUAUCUAAAUAAUCCAAUGAUGUUCAUAUGACGUUCAUACUCAUUUGAACUAGGAAAGGCUUUAAAAGAGUAAUCUUUGAGGGGUUUUCAUACUUGAAACUCCCCUCAAAUGAUCUUCCACACUCCUAUUUCAAGUCCAAGAUUAAAUCUUUAUGCUUUAUUUUCAACAAAACUUGGUUAAGAAAGUGAAGUUCUUACUCUUAAGAACAUUCCUUUUAACAACCAUGUACAAGUUUUCAAAAAUAUUUAAUUUUUAUACCAAGUUCCAUAAUACUUAAAGAAGUGCAACCCAUUCUUUAAGUUAGAACACGCGAAUCAUAUAAUUUCAUGUAUAAAUUCAAGUUUCAAGUUCAAAUAUUCUAUAAUGUUUCAUUAGGAACCAUUCCCCUAAAACUAGAAUCAAAUACAAGUAUGGAGAUAAUAAAGGUAAAGUCUUUACAUAAAAGAUUCAAGUUCAAGUUCAAGAUUCAAGUUCAAGUUCUAUAUUCAAGUUCUAUUUCAAUAUUCAAAUACAAACUCGGUGAUACUUUUUAAUGAGAAACUCAUUUUAAAGGGAGAAUUUUUUACACGAUUGGAUUUGUACGGGAGCCAAAUCACUUUUGAUUAAAAUGGGAGAUUUGAUGAAAAGACAAUUCAAUGUGCUGGACUUGUCUGGGCACAAUUUUUUGGAAUGGACUGUUGAUGCACAGAUGGAUUUAAAAGCCCAAGGCCUGGACCAUACCAUAAAAGAUACACUGGUUCCAGGCACUACAGAAAUCAAAAUUGGCACCGAGCAGGAAAAGACCAAAGCCAUAGUCCUUAUAAGGCAUCAUUUACAUGAUAGCCUGAAAACUGAAUAUCUAAUGGUGGAGAAUCCCAAAGAGUUGUGGGAUAGCCUUAAAGAAAGAUAUGGACACCAUAAAAGGGUGCUCCUGCCAAAGGCUCAAUUUGACUGGACUAAUCUGAGGUUCCAGGAUUUUAAAAUUCCACGUUAUUCAAAAUUGUAUCAUUGCUGAGAUACUGUGAUCAAGCGGUCACAGAAGAUCAAAUGAUAGAGAAAACCUUCUCCACCUUUCAUGCGAAUAAUAUUUUAUUGCAACAGCAAUACCGAGAGAGGGGCUUUAAGAGAUAUUCUGAGCUGAUUUCUCUAUUGUUGGUUGCUGAACAGAAUAAUGGUCUUCUGUUAAAGAACCAUAAUCUUAGACCAACUAGGUCUAUGGCAUUCAAUGAAGCGAAUGCCGUUGAAAGCUCAAACCCACCUGAGGCAAAUGUUGCCCAUAGAGGUGGACGUGGAAGAUUUAACCACCGCGGUAGAGGACGCGGAAACCACCGUGGACGUGGUCGUGGUCGUGGCAGGGGUUAUCUGGGCCCUAGAAAUAAUAAUCACAAAUGGCAUCAACAAGGAAAUCAAAAGCACACCCCCUCAAAAGAGAAAGACACAUGUUUUAGAUGUGGCAUGACAGGCCAUUGGGGGAAAACAUGCCGUACUGCAAAACAUUUGGUAGAUCUGUACCAAGCCUCAAUAAAAGGCAAAGGAAAAGUUGCCGAGGCAAAUUAUGUAGAUGAGGAAAAUUCCUCAGGGCCAAGCUUUGAUGUAUCUGAUUUCUUCAAUGAUAACCCUGAUAGUGGCAAUUAUCUGAUAUUUGGGGAUAAUAGUAACAUAUAA